AUGCCCCAUAAUUUAAAUAUUACGUCUGCAAACUCUGCUAAUUCCGGGCCUAACCAUCAGGCUUAUCCUCCACCUCAACCUUAUCAUAUUAAUGAUGGACUCCAACCUGAGAAAGAACCUGUUGAGUUUGAUGCAAGUCAUCUUCGAGGCGCACCAGCCGAGGUGGAGGCCUUGGUACACAAUAUUAAAGAAGUUGCUCAACAAUUUUUGUACCACUGGCGAACAUUUCCAAUUGUACUGCCACCACCACUAUCAGCCUGCACUGAUGGAGAAGAUACAUUGGUCCGGAAGAAGCAUCACUUGAGAGAUUUAUUCAUUGCUCCGAGUUUCGACGAGCUUGAUGCCGUAGCCGUCGACAGCAAAGGAGAGCCGCGGAGGCUCACAAACAAGCAGCUAGAAAGUAUCCGAGAGCGAGGCUUGCACAAGGAUAAGUAUGGAAAGCCGAAGAAGCUUAAUGCCACUCAAUUGGAGAGCAUUCGGAGAUGCGGAGAAUUUGAGGUGGAUUCAAUAAAUUUCACGGGUCAAACACACCGAUGGCGACUCAGUGGACUUCUCCAGCGAGGCAGAGAUCGCAGAAGAGAGACUUUACUGAAAGAUUUAGCUUUGGCAACAAGAUUUAUUGUCGUUACUGCUAGAGCGCGACUAGUAUCUCAUUGUUUUAGUAUUUCACAAGCACUUAAAGCAUUGUUGACUGGAUUUUUAAGACUUCUGGAUAUAAUUAUUGGAGUACCGUCACUUCAAGCGCAAAAUUUAGAUGGUAAAAUUCGUGAAGAGAGAUGUCGUUAUCUUGUAGCGGAGUUAGUUUGUCGGCCUGAGUAUGACGAUUCACUGGAAUUACUUUGCGGUUUUAUACGCAAACAAUUACGACGAGCGACGAUGGAAAAGUUUGAAGUGGAACGCGAAUCAUCGCAAUUGCUACCAGUCUCGGUGCCUUUUGUCUUUGGGACACCUGCCGGUACUGCUGUUGAUUUGAGAUUAUUUAGUCGUGACAUCAUUAGAAAAGCUUUAUCGACCCUGGUAUCUAUAUUGGAACGCGAAACACGUGGAUGGUUUUUACAUUUUCGCGAAAGACUUAUUUCGGAAUUACGAGCACAAAAAAAGAGCGACGAAGAGAUUGAACAGGCAAAAUCUUCCAUUUGUACGAUAAAACAAUUACAAGUAAAUGAAGCGGUAAUGCGAGAAUACCUCCAGCGAGUAUACUCAAGCAUACUUUCUCAUCCGGAUAUCUUGGCCCUAGGCGAUGGGAUAGCCCAGCUUUUGAUUGAACAAGCUCAAUCAGUGGUACUGAUGCACCGAGCGGUUCAAAAUGUCCAGCGAAAGUUGCAGCAUACCAAGGAAUCUUUGCGUUAUAAAAUGGAAAGUGAACAUCCGGUUCUCGCGCGAAUAGGACCAUGGAUGCGAGACAGAAUGAGAGAAGCUGAGGCUAAUUUUAUUGAAGAAUGUGAAUGGAGCGCACACGAAGAGGCAUUGUCUUUGUGUAAUCGACAGAAUUUACGUCAAACUGUUUACUUCCUCAAUCGUGACUUGACAUUCAUGAAAGAGCGUGAACCAGUUUUACUAAAAGAGUUACGUAAAGUAAAAACACCAACACGUAGUUUCCAAUGGCCAACGCAAAUCUGGCUACCACGUAAUUGGAUAGUGAGACGAAAUUUCCAAGGAGUCUCCGAAAUAAUCCCUACAGUUUUGAGCAACACACCGACAUCGAUUACAACCCCUAGAGCAGAUCCUAGUCAGCCGGUAUUUUUGGUUGAACGAGAGAUUUGUCACACAACGACAACACGAUGGCCAAUGUGGCGGUGGAUAAACUACAUUGCCCGAACGUGGUGCUGGACGUGGAACGCAAUGUUUCUGUUUGGCGUAGCAGUACCCUGGUGCAGCCGUGUCUCGUUACGUGCGCUUCUACUGGUUGAGCCCUUCACACCGGAUUUGGAGAUGCCAAUAGUAACACUACUACUGCAUGCAUUCAUGGCGCUGGUAAUGGAUCUCGACAGUCCAGAGCCAAGUAGAAAUCGAUAUUUAGUUGUAAUGGAAGCACUCGUGUGGAAUAUCGGUAUCCAGGGCUGUUUACAGCCUAUCGUCGCACUAUUAGUCGCCGUAUGUAUAUGUCCAAUAAUUUCGUUUUUGAUACUCACAAUUGCUGUGAUAAGAUACUGGAUACGAGUAAUGUGGGACACGGCAAUGUUCCAUCUUGUGAUUAAGAAUCGAGGACGUGUACCUGCAAGCGACAGUUUUGUUGUAAAGAGAAUAGCGGGCCCUGGACUAGCUUCAGACUAUUAUUAUCAAAUAAGACCAGAGCAAGCGUUAGCGGCUUUUGAAGCUAAACUUGAGCUGGAUGAACUUCUGGCUUUCCAACAAGAAACUGAACGUCUUAUAACACAACCGCAACGUGACUUUACACAGUUUGUUGAGGCGUGCUUCAGUCCAUUUGCCACAAGUUUGGCUAAAACUCGUGAUCCUUACAAGUCAUUGGAGAAAGAGGCGCGUGAUUUGGUUGCUGUGCUUCACGAAAAGCUAGAUCGCCGACGCAAAGAUUUGCAAACUGGUCUCGGGGUCGCUGUAAGAAGCAAGAUUAAGUUGACAACAUUUGAUCUUAAAAUUGUUAUACAGCAAGCUGCGUUGAUGCUUGAGCGACUGUAUCCAUCGCACGUGCUGGCACGUCUGAACGGUUGUGAGGAAGAUUUCUGGGAAAAUAAAGGCCUGAAUGUUGGAGACUGGGCCGGGUUGGCUGGUCUUAUGUAUGCCGACAUGUUUAGUUUAGACUUUUUGCAGCCUCUUGAUGAUACUGACACCAAAUUCAAGCUUGAACCACAUCCAGGAGUGGAUCUAACUCGUUAUACAGAAAUGGUUCACAGCACUGAACUAGGUGGUGUCAAUGGAUUAGAUCUACUGGGCGCUAUUUACGCGCCACGAGGUAACAUACAAGUACAGAGUCCGUAUCUCGAGGUCUCGUACUUUAAUCCGCGAGCCAAGCAGGCUAGCAACAGUCGCAAGCCGGAAAAAAGAUGUGAGACAAGUUUAUUGACAUCGCCAAGAUCAAGACGUAAAACUAACUCGGGAUUAUCCGUUAGUGAUGGACGCUGGCAGCCAUGGAAACGUGAAAUACGUCCUUACAGUGCUGAAAAACUAGUAAUACCACUUCCCAUACCACAUCCAGCUCAUAUUGCCGUAAAUAUUCAUAAUCGCGACUCCGAAGACCCUAUUGAUCUUGACUCUGAGCUCUGUCAAAACAUUCUAAGAGCUAUCGAGGAAUCACCGGGUGAGAUGGCUACCGAGUGCGUUGGUCGCUAUCGCGGGGGUGGUGGUGAUUCUAGCUUCGACUCUGUUGCUUCCCAGUCAUCAGUGUCCCUGGAGACCGGCCUAGACACUGCGGAAGUUUUACAAGAGGGCGAGAUCAAAAGCGAAAGUGAAACCUACCACUGGACACUAUCUAAUUGGGGCGGCGGCAUGGCCAGACGUAGAAACAAUUCGGGAUCUAUUAAAGUUGAUCUUGCGUCACCGGAAGACGUUACUUUGGACACUGAUACCACUCGGGUGAUGUUCAGCACUUACGGUACGACCGUUUAA